AUGCGGGCAGCACGCGUGUCCGAGACGGCCUGCCUCCUGGUCAUCGUCCUCCUGGCCGCUGUUUUCUUUCUCCUGGCCGAAUGCCACGGCACCGAGGGAAGCAACGUGAACACUGAGAGCACUUUGCAGCAGUGGCACAGCGAUGCCUCGUCGGGAGACGGUCGGACGUUCACUAACUCACAGCGCGCUCUCUGGCCCCUGGCGGCGGCCUCGCAGGUGCUGGCCUUCAACGUGUCCAACUUCGUCGCCGUCAUGUUCAUCAAGGCGCUACUCGUGGCACUGGGUCUCGCCACGGGAUUCAGCGGAUUCGGCCUCUACACCGCCAGGCGCACCGACCCACCCGAGUUCGCGCUGCCGUACCGGCCCGGGACGCCGUCGCAAGCGGUGCACGAGCCUCAAGACCACGGACACGUGCGGUGGGCGACCACAUACCUGACGUCCCUGAACACGGGUGACUACCGGUGCCUCAAGAGGAUUGCGUGCGAACAGCCCGAAAGAGCCCGUUUCUAUGCCAGUCUAAAGGACACGAUCGUGGCCGCGCUCAGGAUGGUCCCGUGGAUGUUCUCUCACAACCCCAACCACGACAAAAUCACAGAGGCAGUGAGGUCGGCUGCGCGCAUGGGAACGAGGUACCAUCAACUCUGCCACCUCAAGUUCCCAUGCAGAAGCCUCCAAUCACAGAGAUGA